AUGCAGCCAGGACUAGUUGAGAGUAAAGAACGGACUUGGAGAUGCGGGGGGGGGGAUGAUUUGAGCACGUAUUUCUCACGAGCUCCAUGGUCCCAGGACGUAGCAUCCGCCCAAGUGGGCGCCCUUUGUAUUAUGAGUCGGCGGGGAAUCUUCACCAAAGGCCUCCAACCCACUUCCAGUUGCAAGUCUUCUAAUAUCCAGUCAGCCAAAGGGAACGAAGUAACCGCCACAACCAUGCAGAAGUGGAUUCUCACAGCCUCUCUUAUACUCCCUCUCGCCCUGUGUGUUAGCGGCGCUGCCGUCCCAAAUAAUGCCAACUGCAAAGCUGUUCAUAUAAUUGUUGCCAGAGGAACGAAUGAGGAACCAGGUGAAGGUCCUCAGGGGCCCAUCGCCGAUGCAAUUGAGAACAUGUUGGGAGGUACGGCAGACUCUGCCGCCCUGGAUUACCCUGCAUCCAUCUUCCCCACUUAUGCCAAAUCCGUUGCCACCGGCGUCACCAACAUGAAGAAGAUGAUCACUGAAUAUGCUACCCGUUGCCCACAGAGCAAACUUGUGUUGAUGGGAUUCUCACAGGGGGCCCAAGUUAUUGGCGACACUCUUUGUGGAACUGAUGAGGCUUUCUUCCCAUCCACCGAGCCAAUUGCACCCACUUUAGGGAAGAAAGUUGUUGCGGCUGUGUUGAUGGGAGAUCCUACCCAUGUUGUCGGUGCUCCAUACAACGUCGGAACUAGCGACCACAAUGGGUGGUUCCCCCGUCUCAACGAUAAGGAGUGCUCUGGAUAUGACAAUAUCCGACGUUCGUACUGCGAUGAUGGAGAUGUGUAUUGCGACGCUGGUACCGAUGGAAAGGUCCAUAGUAGUUAUUUUGCCAAAUACGGCGCUGACGCCGCUGCUUUUGUCGUCUCCAAGGUCAAGAGCUCUUGA